AAACAUCUGGAAGACCUUACUGCUCAGUCUUUUGGUUAGUCAGUAAGCUUCAGUUGAAUCCAGCUGCCAAAGAGAAGAUGUCCUUUAUAACAGUAGAUCCAACUUCUGACUUCUCCUUCCACAACCUUCCUUAUGGAAUAUUCUCUACAUCUGACAAUCCCAGACAUCGCAUUGGUGUUGCGAUUGGGGACCAGAUCCUAGACCUCAGUGCAGUGAAGUCUCUGUUUAAAGGACCUGUGCUUUCCAAAUAUCAAGAUGUCUUUGACCAGCCUACACUGAAUGCAUUCAUGGCUCUUGGUUAUGAGGCCUGGAGGGAAGCCAGAAGGACAGUGCAAAUGCUGCUGUCAGCCAAUGAGAGCACACUGAGAGAUGAUAUGAGCCUUCGGAGCAGAGCAUUUAUCCAUCAAAGUGCAGUCACCAUGCACCUUCCUGCAAACAUUGCUUCCCUUCUGUCAGUUCCACCUGCUCGCCUGACUACCAUGGGACUCAGAGCCUUUAGUUGUUCUGCCCCGAGACUUUGGAAUGCACUUCCACUUGCUCUACAGACCACACACUGUCUCACCUCUUUUAAAUCACUACUCAAAACCCAUCUGUUCAGAAUUGCAUACACCUGAUCUGUCUUAGGCCAUUUUUACCUUGCU